ACGGUUUCUGAUUUUAAAACUUUUUUGGGACUUACAUUCAACAUGGGCAUUACAAAAAAGAAUGAAUUGCGGUCAUAUUGGUCCACAGACCCGAUUCAUCAUAUGCCCAUGUUCUCUGCUGUUACAUAUAUGCCCAACAUGGACCAGCAAUGUACUGGUACAUCACUGGACUUUGAGUGGUUAUACCGGGAUGAUGCCUGCAGCUACAGGCAUAAUCCUGGUAUCGUAUUUUCAGCUGGCGGUCAGCUUUCAUUUAAAAGCAUUCCUAGUGGCCAUUUUCUUGGGCUCUCCUGUCCCACAGGUGAAUACAAGAAUGCAACUGGCAGUUCUGCUGGCUGACUAUAGAGCGGAUCAGAGGCCAGAAUGAUUUCAAUCA